AUGGAACUUUACGAGAUUCUUAAUAUGGCUGCAGAGCUCAUCGUCAACUCCACAAUUCCUGGAAAGGAGAUCAACCCAACCAAGUGGGUCAUAGUCAUGAUUGACUGCAUAGAUGUGAACCAGAUUCUAAUGAUGUACGGCGAUUGGACAUCUCUCGUCGAAAUACGAGUAGUCUACUCCUUAGUCUACGCCCUCAUCUUCAUCGUCGGCGUCAUUGGCAAUGGUCUGCUAAUAUCAUCAGUUCUCUUGCGAAAGCGCUCUACAGUAGCUAAUGUAUUCCUAGUAAAUCUUGCUGUAUCCGACUUGUUACUAUGCAUCACUGCGGUGCCAAUUACACCCGUAUUGGCAUUUAUGAAAAGAUGGAUGUUCGGACUCGUCUUAUGUAAAAUCGUACCAUCGUGUCAGGCAAUAUCAGUGUUAAUCUCCUCAUGGUGUCUCUGUUACAUUGCCAUAGAUCGUUAUCGAAGCAUAGUGACACCAUUGAAGGAGCCAUGGAAAUUGAAACAUGCUCAGCGACUACUCAUUUGCACCUGGGUUAUGGCAAUGAUUACUUCAUCACCGCUGUACUUUUCACAAUCUCUGAAAACGCUCACUAUGGCCAAUAUCACUCUUUGUGGAGAGUUCUGCGGUGAAUUCAAUUGGGACCAAGAAGAACACACUAAGCUCGUCUACGGUUUCUCAUUACUGGUUGUACAGUUCGUUAUUCCUGCACUAAUCAUGUCAUUUUGUUAUUGGAAAAUUUUACAAAAGGUUCGAGCUGAUUGGAUAGUCGAAGAGGGUUCUAUGUUGACAGCAGCUCAACAAGCUCAGACUGCAGUGCGAAAAAGAAGAGUGAUGUAUGUGCUAAUUCUAAUGGUUGUGGUGUUUAUGGCAAGUUGGUUACCAUUGUCAGCCGUCAACUUGAUAAAGGAUCUAGAGAUUCCUUUGAUAUUAGAACAGAUGUACUUCAAACUACUCAAUGUACAUGCAAUCGCAAUGACGUCAGUGGUAUGGAAUCCAUUGCUGUACUUCUGGAUGAGUAAGCGACAUCGUCGAGCUUUGAAGGACGACAUGACCUGGCUGACAAAUGUUCGAAGGCAUACGAAUGUUGGAGUACUGUCACGGUUCACACCGUCUCCUUCAGUGUCGCUGGUGUACCGACGGACACUUGAGCGGCAUUUAGGCGUCCAUAACUUUAGACGAGGAACGCUUGCGGAUCCAACGUGUAUGUCUCGAGAACGAGCACAAGCUGAUCUGCACUCAAACUGUUUCCUACUCGUACCACUCAUGCCAUUAUGUCAGUCGGUCUCGCGAAGAAAUAGUCAUCUUUCCACAGAUGAUCCAAGAAGGCCUCUAUCCAAGCAAAACAGUAGAAAAACAAGUGCUGCAUCGAUAGCCAUGACCAAAAAGAGGUGA